ACACACACUAUAUAUAAAUAUUAUAAACUAACUUCCUCAUCAAACAAAAUGGCAACAGAACUUGAAAUUACAGAGCUUAGAUUAGGGCUUAUUCCUAGUUCAAAAAAUGUGAAGAAAAGGGCGUUUUCGGAGAUCGAUAGUGAUCGAAGUAGUAGCACCAACGUCAUAAACGAUGAUAAGAAUCAAGUUGUUGGAUGGCCACCAGUUUGUGGUUAUCGUAGAAAAAACAGUAAUAGUAAUAGUAAUAGUAAUAGUAAUGGUAACGAUCGAUCGAAGAAGAUGUACGUGAAAGUUAGCAUGGAUGGUGCACCAUUUCUUAGAAAAGUUGAUUUGGGUAUUCAUAAGGAUUACUCUGGAUUUGUUAUCAAUCUUGAAAAACUCUUCAACUUCUAUGGUCUUUGUGAAGGUAGUUCAGAGUACAUUCCGAUAUACGAGGAUAAAGAUGGAGACUGGAUGCUUGUCGGUGACGUUCCCUGGCAGAUGUUUAGUGAAUCAUGUAAAAGGCUAAGGAUAAUGAAGAGAUCGGAUGCAAAAGUGAUUGGGCUUCGAACAGAAGAUUUUCUCAAGGGUAUUAAUGUCCAAAGAGAAAUGACGCUUUUUAAUUAAUUAAUUAAUAGCCUUAAGUUACAUUAAUUAUGUUGUUUGUUUCUCCUAUAUGUAUGUUUAAAUGUAUUAUGGAAAUGUACCUGUAAUUUUAAUUAGCUGUAAUUGUAAGACAUAAUUAUAUCAUGAUUUCCUCUUUCAA